AUGCCGAACAUGCAUAAUGCUUCAAUUGCCAAUGAUGAAUAUGAGGUUAUUGGAGAAACCCAAUGGCAGGUCUUUGAAAAUUCUACUGAUGAACAAGUCAUCAAGAUACGUGGAUAUCAAUAUUCAAAAUUGCGGGCUCUUUUAUUUCAUUCAGUUUGUAUGGCAUUAUGUGGAUUGCCUUAUUUUGCGCUAGCUUAUUAUCCUUCAUACAACAAAAUGAAAUACAUCAAAUCCAGUUUGAGAAUGGCUGAUGUUAUAUGUGUAACGGAUGCAGAGGGCACAUUCGUGAUGCAGCCUGUUUAUGAAGUUGAUCUUAAUCUCUCCAAUCAUCGGGACAAUAAACUACGUUACUUUAUUUAUCAACACAGUCGCUUCAUUUGGCUCAGCGACCAUGGCGUUUUUAUAAAUGUUCAAACUCUCAAUGAAAAAAUGACUAUCAGCUUGUUAAUGGAAAAUAUGUCUGGCAUCAAUAAACGGCAGCAGAAUGAAUUGAUAAAACUAUAUGGCUACAACUCUGUAGAAGUCGAAGUAAAGAGCUAUUGGACACUGUUUGUUAACGAAGUUUUCAACCCAUUUUAUUUAUUCCAAGUUUUUUCCAUUAUCCUGUGGUCGUUGGAUGAAUACUAUCAAUAUGCAACUUGCGUCUUCUUUUUAUCCGUGGGCUCUUGUAUGCUGGCACUUUACCAAACGAAACAGAUGAGCAUAAACCUGCACAAGAUGGCGGGUUCGACGUGCUCUUUUAUGGUGACGGUGGUGCGGCCGACGCGCGCAGGGCGCGAGGAGUGCGUGGCGGCGGCGAAACGCCUCGUGCCCGGCGACGUGUUGGUGCUGCCGCCCGACGGCUGCGUCAUGCCCUGCGACGCCAUGCUGCUCACCGGCACCUGCAUCGUCAACGAAAGCAUGCUCACAGGUACACCAGUAUCUCCACGCGCGCGGGGCGCGAGGAGUGCAUGA